AUGAACCCUGCAAUCGCACCACCUGCCUCUUUCGGGCUUAUCUCCGGUACUGCCUUCGCCUCCGCGUCUCCUGCAGCGCUCGCAAAGAUCCUCGACUCGCUCGAUUUGGCCUCGCUCGAACAAGAACACUCACGUCUUCAGCGCGCCAUCCAGCAGCUCCAACAGUCUAACAAGGAGAUCAAGGAAUUUAUCGAACUUGAGCAACAAGAGCUACAAGAACAUCACCAGCAACACGGAGGGACUGAAGCAGGCGAUACCGAGACUUCAUCUUACGAACCGGACCCAGAGUUCAUGCUGGCGAUCGAAGAGAACGAGGCUGUGAUUGCAAAAUACGAGAGGAUCUGUGAGCAAUUGAUGAGUGCUAUCCAGAGUAAGCGUGGGGCUACGACAGCAGAAUCAGGUUCGGCGGGGCAGCAAGAGCCAGCUGGAAGCACGGACGCUACUGUCGAGAAUGAACCUGCGGAGGAAGGCAUCUAUCUGUAA